AUGGCCGAAGCGGAGGCAGAGGCCAUGAUGGCCAAGGAAUGCAAACCUGACUCGAUGACCUUACAGGUCCUUCGGGACUUGGCCAACCGCCUGCGGAUCCGUUCCAUCCAGGCCACCUGUGCCCUGAGCUACGGCCACCCCACAUCGUGCAGCAGUGCGGCGGAGAUUAUGUCUGUGCUGUUCUUCCAUGUCAUGAGGUACAAGCUGUCGGAUCCAGAAAGCCCGGACAACGACCGCUUCAUCCUCUCGAAGAGACUGUCACUGCUUGAUAUGGUGACCAAGUGGUUCGGACAAGGACUCGGUGCUGCCUGUGGGAUGGCAUACACUGGCAAGUACUUGGACAAGGCAAGCUACCGCGUGUACUGCCUCCUGGGAGAUAUGGAGUCCUCGGAGGGCUCCGUCUGGGAGGCCUUAGCCUUCGGGGCCCACUACAGUCUGGACAAUCUCGUGGCGAUCUUCGACGUGAACAGCCUGGGUCACAGCAAUACUUUACCCCUUGAGCACUGCAUUGACACCUAUCAGAAACGCUGCGAAGCCUUUGGGUGGAACACUUUCGUGGUGGAUGGCCGGGAUGUGGAGGCACUGUGCCAGGUGUUGUGGCAGGCGGCUCAGGUAAAGAACAAGCCGACAGCUGUGAUUGCCAAGACAUUCAAGGGUCGCGGGACCCCAAGUAUUGAGGAUGCAGAAACUUGGCAUGGGAAGCCAAUGUCAAAGGACAGGGCAGAUGCGAUUAUCAAGCUGAUUGAGAGCCAGAUCCAGACCACCAAGAAUCUCGAGCCCAAACCACCUAUUGAAGAUUCACCCCACAUCAACAUCUCGGAUAUUGAAAUGACCUCUCCCCCUCUCUACAAUGUUGGAGAGAAGAUAGCUACUCGGAAGGCCUGUGGGAUCGCUCUGGCUAAACUGGGCCACGCCAAUGAUAGAGUUGUCGUGCUGGAUGGCGACGCCAAGAACGCCACUUUCUCGGAACUGUUCAAGAAGGAACACCCUGAGCGCUUCAUUGAGUGCCUCGUUGCUGAGCAGAACAUGGUGAGCGUGGCGCUGGGCUGUGCCACACGUGGUCGAACCAUCGCCUUUGCCUGCUCCUUCGCUGCCUUUUUGACCCGCGCAUUUGAUCAAGUCCGCAUGGGGGCCAUCUGCAACUCCAGUGUCAACAUCGUGGGCUCUCACUGCGGGGUGUCCGUAGGGGAAGACGGCCCUUCCCAGAUGGCCCUGGAAGACCUGGCCAUGUUCCGAACCAUUCCCAACUGCACUAUUUUUUAUCCGAGCGAUGCCGUUGCCACUGAAUACGCUGUGUUCCUGGCGGCCAUUACCAAGGGGAUCUGCUUCAUCCGCACCAGUCGCCCUGAAAUGAAUGUUAUCUACACCCCACUGGAGAACUUCAGAAUCGGACAGGCCAAGGUUGUGCGCCGCAGUCCGGAGGACAAGGUCACAGUUAUUGGAGCUGGGGUGACUCUUCACGAAGCCUUGGUGGCGGCUGACACUCUCAACAAUAAUGGGAUUUCUAUCCGUGUCAUCGACCUGUUCACUGUCAAGCCCCUGGAUACUGUGAGCAUCAUCACCAAUGCCAAGGUCACCGGGGGCCGGAUCAUCACUGUGGAGGACCACCACCCUGAAGGUGGCAUCGGAGAGGCAGUGUGUGCAGCCGUCUGCAUGGAGCGUGACAUCAUAGUCCAUCAGCUGUCAGUGUCCGGGGUGCCUCCGAACAGAAAAAUGGCUGAGCUGCUGGACAUGUGUGGGAUCAGCGCUAAGCACAUCGUUGCAGCUGUGGAGUACCUCCUGAAGCCCAACCAGUCAGCGUCGCCGGAAUCCCCGCCGGCUCCGAGCCUGAAGCCUGCCCUCCGCCGCAGCCUAGCACCCUGCACGCUGAACGCAGCGGGCCGGGAGGUGCAAUGCAGCGAGCGGCCCCCACCCCUGCCCGCGGUGAACUGCCGCGGGACAGCGCUCCGGGAGAGCGCGGGAGUGACGACACAGGCACUGGGGCCCGGGGGGCGGCGGGACGAGGCGGCGGCCACCGGGGGUCCGUGGGAGAGGGCCUGGAGCGAGGAGACCGGAAACCGGCGGCCCUGGGGGUCACUUGCACCCGCCCGCACGCCAGACGCCAACGCGCACGCGCACAGCGCCGCGCCCCGGCGGCUCGUCCGAGGGGCUACGGCCCCCGGAGCGUUCCCACGGGAGCCGGGGCGUGGCGGCCCGAGGCGCCACCGGCACGGGCAGGGCUGGGCGUCCCGGGACCGAACCCGCGACUCCCGCGCGCCCGCGCCGCGCCCCGCCCCGCCCACGACCCAGAGCCCGGGGGGCGGGGCGGGGCGGGGCGGGGCCGAGAGGGGCACCCACGCCAGCGGCGGCCGCCGAUUGGGCCGGAGGCGUGUCGGCGGGCGCCGUAGGCUCCGCCCCGCCGCUUCCGCCCGCCCAUUGGCCGAGCCGCCUUUCCCGCGGGGCGGGGCUUCCGGGGGCGGCCCGAGGGGGACGGAGGAGGCGGCCCGCUGGUGUCAGGGCGCGGCCCGCAAGCCCGGUCCCGCCCGCCCGCCCGCCGCCUCCGCCCUCCGGGCCUUGGCCGGGCCCCUGCGCGGGGGCGUUUGCGCGCCGCUGCCGAGACCCCCGCCCCUAGCGCAGCGUCGCCGCUCCCCUCCCGCGCCCUCGCCCUCGGCCUGGCCCUGCUGCCCCUCGGCCCCUCAGCCUGCCCGCCCCCCGCCUCCCUUGGCGCCCGGCCCCCUCAGCGUGGACUCCCCGGGCUUCCCUCCCGCGCCCUCGGCCCUCAGCCUGCCCCCCCACGGCCCCUCAGCCCCUCAGCCUGGCCUUCCUGGACUCCCACCACGCCUGGGCCCCUCAGUCCGGACCGAGCUCUCGGGCCCUCAGGAUGGAUUCCCCGGGUUCCCACUGUGCCCGGCCCUUCGGCCCCUCGCCCCCUCGGCCCCUCGGCCCCUCGGCCCGGCCCCCCUGGCCUCCCCGGCCCCCCGCCGCGCCUGGACCCCUCAGUAG